AUGUUUUCCGCACUACCAGUCUUCCCUCGAAAGGGGCACCUGCCCCUCCGUUAUCGCUACUGCCGUCUAGCUUCCCUAGCUGCCCUUUUCGUCCGACUUCGACCAAAUCUUCGCGGAAUAAGCGUCUCGCAGAUCAAGCUCUCAAGGACAGUCUGCUGGACAACGCAAGCAGGGUCUGUGUCCUUACCCGUGGCAUUUAGCUGCCUCCUUCAGCUUGUCCGCCAAGGUGUAUAUAACGUGCACAUCGAGACCUUGGAAGUCCGGGCGGUACCUGAUCCGAUUCCAUGCCUGAAUGGGCGUUACCUCUCCAUAGGUAGACAAAUCCGGCGCAAGGCUCAGAAGGCGUUCCAAAAGUGCCACGGGGGCAACGUGAUACGGCAAGGGCGCCAGAAGCGCAGCGCCCGGCGUGUAGGUAGGAGCGUGGGAACUCGCCAGCAGUUGCGCGGAGGUUGUAAGCGCAUGGCCGUUCGGCUCAUCGGACUUUGCGAGAUUGCCGUGGAUGUGGCCCAGACAUGGCUCCUCGAUCCUGUUCUCAUAUGUAAGUCAUCUGGCGGACAAACGACAAUGGGUGUUUCCUCCAGGCAAGCGUGCCAUACUUCAACACAAACUCCAUUCCUAAAGUCACAACGUCUAGAUCGCCCAAACACGCUCGGUCAUCGGGCGAGAUGGACGCUUGAGACAGGUCUUGUGGUGUCGGCCAUCUCUCGGCAGGGCGUCGAUGAUAAGGUGCUGGCCGGGUAUCUGUCCCCGCCGAACGGGGUGCUUGCCUCGCUAUUUGAAUGGAUUCCCGUCAUCAAAGGAAUAGGAAGCCGUUCCGGCGACCGAGGUGAGUCGUCGCCGCUUCCAUGGACUGGUAGGGAUUGGGUGGUGUUCGCGAUCCUCGGGUCACUGGGAAGCUCCACACCGAGCUCAUCGAGCACGCUCAACACAUUGCGAACGGUGACCCGAAGGUGUUCGCACUCCUGCAGCAGUUUAGCUUCCCUGGCACGCGUUCGCUGA